AUGACGAGACUACGGGUUGUCCUGAAGGGUGCGGUGCUCGGCGCCUUGGGUAUCGGAGCCACCGCGAAGACUUCCGCACCUUACCAAGCCCCGCUGGACGUUGAUCAUGACGGAUUCGAGAGCCGGGCCUCGCUUGGCGCCGCAUAUAUGGACAUUAUCGACCCAAUGUUGGAAGUCCUGAGCACGAUGCAGGAGGAGUACUUCGCGCCAUGGCUGGGAACAUGGCCGGAAGCAAUCGACUGGACCGCCGCCGUCAUGGGCACGCACGUCUCCGGCGCUCUCAAAUCUAUAUCGCGCGCCCUUGACCUUAUCCCAAUAUCAGGACAGGCUGGCGACAGAUACAAGGAGAAUCUCGUCACUCUUUUCUUCUCGCAGGUUCUAAGCUUCUAUUUCGGGCAGGACCAUUUCGCCAUUAGGAAUCAGGCGUACGAUGACAUCCUUUGGGUUGUCCUCGGCUGGCUCGAGACUAUUCAAUUCAUCGACCUGCACACUACUCUCAACUUCAAAGACGUCGUGGACACCCCAGGCUUCGCAAAGUGGCACGGUAAUAUAUGGACGCCCGCAUUUUCACAUCGAGCGAGGGUAUUCUGGAAUCUCGCCAAGGCUGGCUGGGACUGGGAUCUCUGCGGCGGAGGUAUGACUUGGAACCCGAGGCUGGAGCCGUACAAAAACGCCAUCACCAACGAGCUCUUCAUAUCAGCUUCGGCGUCCAUGUACCUGUACUUCCCGGGCGAUUGGAACGAUUCCCCCUUUUUCAACGGGCUGGACACCAGCAGCGGAGAGCAUUUUUCUAGACCCCGAGAGCACGAUAUCUUCAGGCCACACGAUCCUACCUUUCUGCAAUUCGCACUAGAUGGGUACCGAUGGCUGGAGGAAUCCGGCAUGAUGAACGACCAAGGUUUAUAUGUUGACGGAUUCCACAUUUCUGGGUGGAAUGACCCCACGAAUACCAACAAGAAGUGUGACGUGCGCAAUGAGCAGGUCUAUACUUACAAUCAGGGUGUUAUUCUGACUGGUCAGAUCGACCUGUGGAAGAUCACGGGCAACUACUCAUACGUCGAUGAUGGCCAUCGCCUCAUUAGGAAUGUCAUUAACGCGACCGGAUGGAAUCUACAUCGUCAGACACCAAUCGACCACGGUCUAAGUGACAGAAGCUACACUGACGGCGAGCCAUGGGAAGGCAGCAAACUUCCGCCAUGGCAUGGCCUCGGCCGCGCUGGCAUUAUAGAAGAAGCCUGCGACAGCGAUGGGACUUGUUCCCAAGAUAGUCAAACUUUCAAAGGCAUCUUCUUUCACCAUCUCACGGCAUUCUGCACAUCGUCACUGUCCCUGGACGACUUCCUCGUCUAUAACGGACACACCCGUGAACAGCUGCGCUCUCAUUCAGAACAGUGCAGGUCAUAUGCCCCUUGGCUUCGGCACAAUGUUCGUGCCAUGAUAAGAACAAGGAACGACGCGGGUUUAGUUGGUAUGUGGUGGACUGCAGGCUACCUUGCCCUCAAGGAUAAAAUGCCGCCUCAGGAUGACAUUCGAGAUCCCAACGCGGUGGAUUAUAGGAAUGAUGGUGUGCCCGACGAUCCGGUAUGGAGACGCACGCCAACAGGCGUAACUCCUCCAAAAGUUCCUCAGAUUCCCUUACCCGAGCCUUACAAAGCCGACAAUCAUGUCGCAUCAAACACCCAUCAACCAACACCAAGACCACCGCAGGAAGAUAGUGAAGGCGUCAGACACUAUGACGGAGCGAAUGCCGGCAAGAGAAAGGCCUCCUCUUUGAUUACAGAAGAUCUCAACGACCGCGGUCGAGGCCGGACCGUCGAGACCCAGGGUAGCGGACUGGCGUUACUGAGGGCUUUCUGGGAGAUUUCAACACGAACUCGAUCUAACAAAGAGGAAGCGAGUGCCGGGAAACGAGUUGAUCCUGCUGAGUUAUAA